ACACGGUACAUCCAAGGGCACUAUUUAUCCCAAUAUACGCACAGCGACCGUCUUCUCCUCUGCUCAGCCGAGUGUGGCGGCUGGAGACUUCAUCGCACUCGCUACAGUUCACCUCACACUUUCACGCUGCCUGUCUGUCGCCGGAUCUCACGCACUUGCAUCGCCGUAUUUGCAUCGAAUUCACUGCACAUAGACUUCCCUGUUCUGCUGAGGCGUCUUCAAGGUGUUGCGUCAUGGCGUCCACGGAGCGCCCGUCUGAGGACCUCCUCAAGGAGUACCUCCAGCCGCUCGUCAACCUCAAGCCCCCCGAGAAGGUCAGCCUCGAGGAGUUCAUCGAAGCCAGCGAUAAGUUCGUGGUGCCGUUCCCCGUGGAGACCGCUCGGGCGAAGGUGCUGCAGAAGAACGGGCACGAGAAGGAGGCGCUGGAAAAGUACAUCAACUCGGCGUACCCUGUGGUGCACGAGAGGCUGCUGCCCCUCCUGGCCGCCUUCCUGCACUACAAGAGGGCGCACGGCAGGAAGAAGGAGAAGGAGCUGUACGCGACUCUGGGCCUGGUGGGGCUGGUGGACCGCCUGCUGACGAAGCGGCCCGUGGUGUUCUUCACGCCCAACGACCAGCACGUGCUCCGCGAUGGCUCCGAGGGCUGCGACGGCUUCGAGGAGAUCGGCCACUCGCACGAGAGCCGCCGGCUGCCCCUGCGAGACUACAUGUCGUACGACGAGAUUAAGCUGGCGGCGCUGCUGAGCGUGUCGUCGUGGUCGCCGUUCAUCAACAACGGCAGCCGCCACAACCGCGGCGUGCGGGGCCACGCCGGCGACCACGAGGCCGAGGGCGUGAUCGUGGGCAUGGUGGGCGCCCGCUUCGAGCGCGAGGGCGUCAUGGAGUGGCAGGACUGCGUGGUCACGCCGGAGCAGAACACGGCGGAGCGCGGCUACGGCGAGGACCCCCCGCAGAAGCGCUGGCUGGUGCGGGAGUGGGGCAGGCUGUGGGGCGCCGGGCCACUGCCCACGUGGGAGCAGGCGCAGCAAGCGCAGCAGGACGCCGAGGACGCCUUCGUGCCGCUGUCGAGCCGGAUGCUGCUCAACGCGAGAGUCUAUAAGGCCCGGAUGCGCCUCUCGGCCGAGCUGCUGCUGGGGGAGGCGUCGAGCCGGGCGGCGGCGGCGGAGAAGAAGGCGUACGUGCACGUGGUGGGCCUGGGCCUCGGCGUGUGGCAGGUGUCGCCCCGGCAGGAGCAACUGUUCGUGGACGCGUGGGGCGAGGCGCUGGCCGCCGUGGACACCGCGCACAUCGGCCACGUGGACUUCAGCUGGAUCAAGGCGUCCCAGUGCCACGGCGCCGGCGACGGCGACGAGUUCCCGGGCACGAGGGUGGUGGUGCACUUCUCGCAGAGGGCACUGCACGACCCCGUCCCCGCCGGCACGCUGCUGGUGGACAGCUUCGCGUGGGACGGCAACUCGCUGCCCGGCAACGAGUACUGGAAGGGCAAGCUGUCCGCGUCGGGCGACCCCGCCGCCGCCUGCUCGUCGGGCGUGGCGGAGCUGCACAAUGCCCUCAUCAACCCGCUCGUGCGCGCGGAGAACCUGCACGUGGUGGCCGGCGGCCGCGUCGAGCACGUGGCCAAGUAUGCGGCCAGGGUCGUGGGCGGGGAUUCCACGUAGGCCGCUCUCGCGCGCGCUCACGGAGGAUAGCUUUAGUAGGAUUAAUGGAGGGACUCGUCUGGGAAGACGUUCUGCCAACGCUCUAACAAAGCGGUAACACACACACGCACGCACGCGCGCGCACACACACACACACACACACACACACACACACACACACACACACACACACACACACACACACACACACACACACACACACACACACACACACACAUACAUACAAACGUACACACACAGAAAAAAAAAAACUCUGGUCAAGCUUUACUUGUACUUACCAUGCUCUUCGUCCGAAGGCAAAAGGGAAAUGUAAUAUUUUUAUUAUAUACUCUGUUUGUAUAAAAAAUGAAAAUAAGAAUAUGGUACUGAUUGUGGCCACAUGCCAUGCCAUUCGCAUGGGGUUUGCAUGCAACUUAUAUGCAAUCUAUAACUCUGAAUCCACUACUAGUUGUGGAUAAGCGCCGCCGAGAGGGCCGUGGCAGCGAGGCCCUUGUCAAAUGCCUUGGUAUUUUAUUCCCUCCGUCAAGGUGCUUCCGCUCAGUGGGUCUCUGUUGCACUGUGAUCAUCUGUAGUAUUAGUUUUUUAUUUGUUUUUUUUUUAUAAUCUUAUAUAAAAACAAGUUAGCUAUUUAGAUGUGCAGAUCAUGUCGAGUUAUUUUAUCAGAAUCAAAAUUUGAUCAGAUAUUUGUUACAUUAUUUAUAUGCCUGUUUUUUUUCUCUCUUUUUUACACCGGGUGAAUUAUAUUAUGAAUGAUAUUUUUGUAUUUCGUUAACCUUUCUUGUGUUUUGUUGAAGAGUAUGGAUCGGUAGUCUUAAAAUACCAUGUGCAUUUUGUGUUUUUACUUUCUAACAUCUUUUUUGAACAAAUAUUGUAAAGAAUAUAAGAGAAAUGGUGGGAAAAAUAAAAGAUCCAUUUGGAUAAUCACUUUAUAAAUUAUAUAAUUCACAUAUAUAAUUAACUUUUACACCCAUGCUAUUGAAAAAAAGAAAAUAUCUCAUACAAUACUUUUUAAGAAAAUUAUUUUUAGUCACUUAACCCCUUAGACCAGACUUAGACUCUCUCUCUCUCUCUCUCUCUCUUUCUCCUUCUCUCUUCAUCUCUCUCUCUCUCUCUCUCUCUCUCUUUCUCCUUCUCUCUUCAUCUCUCUCUUUCUCUCUUUCUCUCUCCCUCUCUCCCGUCAUCUCUCUCUCUCUCUCUCUCCUUCUCCCUCUCCCUCUCUCUCCCUCUCUCUCCUCUCUCUCUCUCUCUCUCUCUCUCUCUCUCUCUCUCUCUCUCUUUAUCUCUUUCUCUCUUUCUCUCUUUCUCUCUUUCUCUCUCCCGUCAUCACUCUCUCCCUCCCACCCUCUUUCUCCCUCUCUCUCCUUCUCUCUUCAUCUCUCUUUCUCCUUUUCUCUCUUUCUCCUUUUCUCUAUUUCUUUAUCUCUUUCUUUCUCUCUUUCUCUCUCUCUUUCUCUCUCUCUCUCUCUCUCUCUCUCUCUCUCUCUCUCUCUCUCUCUCUCUCUCUCUCUCUCUCUCUC